GUCGUCGCAAUGCCAAGGUCGUAUUUAUGGAAUGAAGUAGGUGACGUCAGUGGUUAUAGUAAAGUCAUCCAGAAUGAAAAGAACAUGCUGUUAAAGGGAGUUCACAUAAGUGACAUUUCAGUAUACACACCUAAUGAACGAGGAAAUUUUGUGUGUGUCCAUACCAGGGAAGAAAUUGACUUUUCAAGAGUAAAUGACGAUUUUUGUGAUUGCCUUUUUGAUGGCAGUGAUGAACCAGGAACAAGUGCUUGUCAGAAUGGGAGAUUUUAUUGUGAUACCCAAAAUAAUAUUGGACAUUCAGAAUCCGUUCCGUCGAGUUACGUCAAUGAUGGAAUAUGUGACUGCUGUGAUGGAUCAGAUGAAUGGACUCAAAUCCGUCUCCCCUUUAGGCUGGAGGAAUCUGUGCAGAAGAAUUUGAGAAGAUAUCAAUCACCAUGUCCAAACCUUUGUGUUAAAUAGAAUCUUGUGCAAGAUAUGAAUGUCAUGUCAGUAUUAAAUUAUAUAGAAUGUAUUACACCUUCAAUCAACACUGUCUUCUGAGAUGCUUAGCCUUGAAAACUUUGCAAGUUUAUUGUGUGGUUUUGUAACAUAAGUAGAAUCAGAUUCUAUAUUUACAAGAAAGUUAAAACUUAAAUAAUUUUUACUCAUAUAGGUUAAGAUCAUCAAAUCUAUAUGUUGGUGUACUUGGCUUUUGUUUCUCUGAAUUGCUGGUAUUUUCCAAUAAGUCCACGCUUGUCACAACCCAGAACAACUCUUCAUUGCCAUAAGGACAAACAAAUCUUGUAUUUAAAUUUGUAGGUCACACAUACUGCUUCAAGUUUUAUAU